AUGGCACAGAAAACACAAACUGCCAGCAGUUCUGAGGACCAAUCUGCCAGCGCCACGCCAUCUGCACAAGACGCCUUGGAUCCCACGCAACCUGCUACCUCGGGCGCGUCAACCUCAAAGGCAGCUUCCGCCGCCCACAAGUCACACCAGACUGAGCUCGACGCGGCCCUGCGCAACACUUCACAGCCCAUGGCCAAGUCGUCCUCCACGGUCUCGGACCCGGCCGUGAAGGACGCUGGCAUUGAGGCCGCGAACCCGUAUGGGACGCGAUCACGAAACCGUAAUGGAUCAUCGCGCCCAAAUUACGCAGAGGACAAGGACCUGGACGUCGACAUGUACGAUUACGCCCCCGAGAAGAAGGAUCAGGAGUCCAAGAAGUCGGCGCGUCACAGCAAUGUGUCGGCCACGUCCGCCCAAGAGGGCGCGCGCGCCAACGGGUCAACCCGUAAGGCACUCCCAUCCGACGACGCAAAGCCAGUCGCUCCUCAGAACGGAGCAAAGGACGUGCAGCCCGCAAAUCCACCCCCAGUUACGCAACCAUCGACCUUGACAAACUCGACGCAACCCUCGAAAAAGCGCAAGGCGGCCUCACACGCCGCGACUGCGACUUCUCAGGCCCAGUCCUCGACGGCGACAUCGUCGUCAGGUGCCGGCACAGGGGCAUCACGAAAAACGGCGUCGGGCCCUUACGCUAGCUCAUACGCAGAGACGAACAUGCUCAGUUUUGAGAAUUCCGGUGCGGUCCCCAGAGACGGCAAGUUGGUGGCGGAUGACGGUACCGUACUAGCACCCAAUGACAACGUCUAUCUUGUGUGUGAGCCUCCAGGCGAGCCAUAUUACUUGGGUCGCAUCAUGGAGUUUCUCCACACGCAGAAUGACAACACCAAGCCUGUGGAUGCACUUCGCAUCAAUUGGUUCUACAGGCCCAAGGACAUAGGCAAAAAGGUCAAUGACACUCGCUUGGUGUUUGCGACGAUGCAUUCCGAUAUCAGCCCUUUGACAGCUUUGCGUGGCAAGUGCCAAAUCCUGCAUAAGGCGGAAAUACCCAACAUGGACGAGUACCGCAAGAUUUCGGAUUGCUUCUGGUACGAGAAGCUCUACGACCGAUACAUCCAGAAAAACUACGACCUCAUCCCCACGUCGACAAUCGUGAACGUCCCGGAGAGAGUCAAGAAAGUGCUGGAUGAGCGCUGGAAAUUCGUUAUUGUGGAGCAGGGUCGCGGAAAAGAGUUCACUAGCGCAGUGAAGCUCUGCAAGCGAUGCAGCGGGUACUGUGCAAGCAAUGACUCGGUCGACUGUGCUGUGUGUAAGAAGACAUACCACAUGAACUGCGUCAGGCCGCCGCUGCUGAAGAAGCCCUCACGAGGCUUCGCCUGGUCCUGCGCUGCAUGCAGCCGCGCCCAGGAAAGGAAGCUGGAAGCCCGUCACACACCUAAUCUACUAGAUCCCGCAGGCGACGGCGAUGAUGAGGAUCUAUACGAUGACGACGACGAUGAGAUGCAGAUUGAUACCGAGCGAACGAGCCCCGCCGACGACGACGACUCUCAUCGCACCGGCACUGCGGAGCAAAUCUACCAAGCCAGCCUUUGGCCUUGGCGUUACCUAGGAAUGCACUGCAAGCCCGAGGAUGCCCUAGAUUACGACGACCGAAUCUACCCUCGUGCCAGUACUCGGAUUGGUCCUAAGCAUCAAGCUACUGUGCUCCCGUGGCCCGGUCAGCCUGUACAGUACCAAAAGCCUCUUGAAUUUAAGAGAACUGGAAAGAAAGGGCCGGGUUUGUCGAAGGAGGCAUUAGCAGCUUUGGAGGCUGAGAAGUCCCGUCGCGAGAAGCGCCCUAAGUGGGUUCAGGACGAACCCCCCGGUUAUGUGGCAAGAGGUGAGGAUUAUGACAGCGACGACCCGAACGCGACGGCCACCCGACUGUGGGCCCCGCCUCCAGCGACUGAGAAGAACAAGGACUGGGAGGCCAAAGUCGAUCGGUACAUGAAGAAAGCAGAAGAGCUGGCACCCAAAUUCGAUCUGCCCAAGAACUCCACCAACCUCCACGAUGUCGCGCUGGAAACUUACUAUCACAGUGGUUACAACGAAGACCGCGCGGUGAAGCUGUUUUCCGAAGUGGACAAGGCGGCUUUCAAGGAGCCUGAACUGACGGCAACGGAACAGAAGAAGUUCGAGGAAGGCGUCGGGAAGUACGGAUCCGAGCUUUAUCUGGUCAAGCGACAUGUCAAAACAGUUCCACCCGGUACAAUUGUGCGAUACUAUUACAUUUGGAAGAAGACUCCGCAAGGCAAACAAAUCUGGGGCAACUUUCAGAACAGGAAGAGCAAAAAGGAGGCCAAGAAAGCAGAGGUCGCCGCGAGCAAGCUUCAGGACGAUAUCGCAGAUGACGCCGAUGACUCUGCCUUUGACUACGAAAAAGCACACAGCAAGAAGAAGGGCUUUGUGUGCAAGUUCUGUCAUACAAAAUACUCGAGGCAGUGGCGGCGAGCUCCUAACGCAUCCGGGACUCCCGUAAGCGAAGGCGGGGGCAAGAACUCCAACAAGGACAAGAACAACCAGUACAUUCAAGCACUCUGUCGCAGAUGCGCUGAGCUCUGGCGGCGCUAUGCUAUUCAGUGGGAGGAUGUUGACGAGGUGGCCAAGAAAAUCGCACAAGCAGGCGGCCGAGCCUGGAAGAAACGACAGGAUGAGGAGCUCCUUAAGGAACUCGAGGCCGCCAAGGAAAUGCACACUUACUGGAACACGCCCCCGCCGCCCAAUGCUCCGGAGCCGGCCACUGCAACCCCUACUGCACCAUCAAGCGAACCACCCCGCAAGAAGCUCAAGGGUUCCGCCCCGGACAGAGACUCGGAGCCGCUGGCGUCGGAUCCUGCUCCUGCUGCCGCCCCUGCCAAAAAGAAGGAGAAGGCGAUCGAGAAACCCGCCCCUCCGCCGGUACCCGAGAUCCCGAAGCCCAAGACCAUGCCUUGCGCAAUCUGCGACCAGUUGGAGCCGUUAGGAGAUCAGCAUCUGUCUUGCAGAGAGUGCCGGUUGACAGUACACCGCAACUGCUACGGAGUCGUUGACAACAGAAACCCCGGCAAGUGGACUUGUGAUAUGUGCGCCAACGACAAGAGCCCACAGGUUUCAAUCCAAUACAAAUGUGUCCUGUGCCCCAUCGAGCACACGGAACAUGAUUUCGUUGAGCAGCCGAAGAUAUCUGCUUCCAAGAAGAAAUCAGAGAAGGAGAAAGAGCGUGAACGAGUCGAGCGUGAACAAGCACAGAAGGCCGCAGACUACUACAAGAAGAAGCAAGAGGAAAACAACCGGCCAGUCAACCCUCGGGAACCUUUGAAGCGAACCGCAGACAAUAACUGGGUCCAUGUCACCUGUGCCGUUUGGACAGCUGAAGUCAAGUUCGGCAAUGCUAAGGCACUGAUCCACGUCGAGUGUGCUCGUCAGCAAGGCUACCUCCUCGGUUUCGACAUCACUCCUGUCAAGGGGUCUCGCCGUGAUCAAUUCAACCUCGUCACCGUUAAUGGCGAGAGCGGUGUCAUGUCAGCCACAGUGUGGUGCAAAGAACACGUUCCGACAAAGAGCGUCAUACACCGCAUGCACGACAUUGUUAACGAGGACGGUCUUAAUGCCCUCCAGCUCUAUGUGCAGAGCUACAAGCAGGCAGAUCUUACGUUGACUGGUACGGUCCGUAAGGCUAAUCUCAUGACAAAUGCUGCCAAGGUGGGCGGUGUUCCUGUGACGCCAAGUACUAGACGAGCAUCAACCACGACUCUGCCCACCAAUGGUGUUUCUCACAACGGGAGCAACAGCGAAACGGCAAGCGACCACCAAGCAGGAGAGAAAAUUUGCAUUACCUGUGGUAUCGACGUCAGUCUCAAGUGGUGGCCCAUCGAAAACUCUGACGAGCGAGAACUCACCAACGGCCACUACGGAAGCCUCGGGUCAGAAGCUCAAAAGUUUGUGGAGCAGAGGAAGUUCCAGUGCCACAAGUGCCGGAAGCUCAAGCGGAAGCCCAACCCCCAUCCGCCCAAAGACCCCCGCGAGAGUGGUGCCUCCUCCGCUGCCAGUUGUCCCGCCGCACCACGCACUGGCCGCACCUCCUCCAGGACCUCCGCCUUUGAGAAGCCCACCGACAACCGGCCCAGAGGCAAGGGCUCGCAGUCUUUCGUCAUACGCCUGGGUAGCCCCGGCACCACCACCACCACCCCCGCCUCCGCCAGCCGCCCAGCCUGCAGCUCCUCCACCGGCAGCUCCUACCGCACAACCCGUCCAGGCUGCCCCGGCGCCUCCUCCGAUCCCACCGCCGGCACCUCAUCAGGCUCCCAGCCCCUACGGCCCUCCUCCGGCGCCGAGAUAUGGAGACUGGCACAGCCGCCCGCCUGCCCGGCACGGUUCACCACCCCAAAGACCACCGCCGUUUCAACCGCUGUCGACGCUGCGUCCUCCGCCAAUGGCGGUGCCUGCACACCCGCCAAUGCCUACAGCUGUUCCCGCUGGGCAUAUGGGCCAGCCCGCUCAUAA